AAAGAGAGACUACCGAAGAUGAUAUAUGAUUAUUAUGCAUCAGGUGCUGAAGAUGAAUGGACUUUAGAAGAAAACAGAAAUGCCUUUUCGAGGAUUUUGUAUGUGUUUCUCUUUCAUGUAGUGUAGUAACCUUUAUGGUCACUUGAGUGUUUCCGUAUCCUUUGUCAUUUGACCGGUUUCAAUUUUCAAUUUGUUGAAGGAUAGUGGUCAUGUUUGCUCAGUUCUUAUUUCUGCUGAUAUAGGAUAUUUAUGUUUUUUGUCCUGUUCCUAUUUUGUAAGCUGUCAUUUCAUAGCUGUUAUUUGGUAAGUUUCCUAGGAAGUUUCCCUAAGGUGUGCUGUCACUUUGUCGGUGGUCUUAGCAACCUAUUUAUGUAAGGACUGAUAGUGUAAUCAGAUUAUGAUGAAUGAAUGAACAAUCAGCAGAAUAAGCAACCCUAAAUUUCAGUGUAUUAUUCUCUGUUUUUCAGCAUAUUCUUGUCCUCAUGGUAUCAGAGCCACGUUCAGAUCUAGCCUAAAAAUAGUUCUUUUCUUUUCUUAAAAUCACAAAUAUUCUUAUCUUUUCUAUAAAGCUGAAAUCUUUCUUACUCUUUCUUCUUAAAAUCGUUUAUUCAUAAUGCCAACAACAACUAUUGAAUCUGUGAGUCCUCUUUAUCUUCACCCUUCAUAUGGUCAGGCAUGGGUUGAGAAACUCUAGGGAUCUUCCAACUUCAGGUCAUGGAAGAGAUUUAUAGAGAUUACUCUGGCCGGAAAAAGGAAGCUUGGGUUUGUAACAGGAAAGACCAUGAUGAUGAGGUCAAAUCUGAGGCAUGGGAAACUUGUAAUAGCAUGAUUAUCUCAUGGAUUCUAGAAUUAGUAUCAGACUCAAUUAAACAAUCUAUUAUGUUUGUUAACAACUCAUCUCAAGAUUUGAGAUGAGCUGGAAAGGAGAUUUUCUCUCACAGAUGGGUCUAGGAAAUACAAACAUUACAAAGAUUUGUAUGAGACCAAGCAGAAUCAAUGAAUACUAUAGCAAAAUGAAAGCAAUAUGGAAAGAGCUGGAAUCUCUCCAUGCUUUUCUAGUAAUCACUAAUAUCACCUCAAAGGUGAGUGCUUUCUUAACAUCUCUGAACAAGCAAAUGGAGGAACACAAGUUGUUGCAAUUCUUAAAUGGACUUGAUGAUGAAUAUGGACCUCAAAGGAGUCAACUACUCAUGAUCACUGCCUUACCAUAUGUAGAAACACCAUGUUGCUACCUUGUGCAAGAAGAAUCUCAAAGAUCUCUCUUUAACAACACUAAACAAGAAUCUGAAUCUUUAGUGAUGUUUAGUAAGGGAUCAGGUUCACCUUCAGGGGGAGGAGGAGGAGGUGGUUUUUCUCAGGAAAUGGCUGCAUCCAAAAUACCAGUAAAAACCCGUUUCAUCCAAAAUAACAGCCGGGGGGAAUGGGAAAGCAGGACAUGGCUGCAUCCAAAAUAACAGUAUGUGGGAAAGCAGGACAUGGGACAGAAUAGUGAUGGAUACUUGUUGGGUACCCUAGCUGGCAUCCAAAAUACCAGAAAAAACUUGUUUCAUCAUUUCAGAAAAGAAAAGGGAAAGCCUCUGGGAACAAUAAGUAGGGAAGCAAGAACAAGGGCAACAGAGUUGCAACAAAUGAGAGGAGCAGGCCACAGUGAAUUUGGUGGAUCCAGCACUGGUUCUACAAAGCAAUUCACUAUUCAACAAAGUAAGGCUUUGCUAAAAUGCUUCCAAAGCAGUCCCUUGGUGAUAAUGAUGAUGAACAAACAGCAGGUUCCGGCCUCGCAUCCUCAUCGAUGUAAGUCAUAUUGACAUUUCAAUAACUGUCUUGGGUUUCAAUAUUCCCAUGCCAAUCAUGAUUGCUCCUUCAGCUAUGCAAAAAAUGGCUCACCCCGAAGGAGAAUUUGCAACAGCGAGGGCAGCAUCUGCUGCUGGCACAAUUAUGGCAUUGUCUACAAUGGCCACAUGUAGUGUUGAAGAAGUUGCCUCAACUGGACCUGGAAUUCGAUUUUUCCAGCUUUAUGUAUUGAAAGACAGGAGUGUUGUCACACAGCUGGUUAAACGAGCUGAGUAUGCUGGUUUUAAAGCUAUUGUUCUCACAGUUGAUACACCCAGGAUAGGUAGAAGGGAGGCAGAUAUCAAGAACAGAUUUAUUCUCCCACAACACUUGACAUUAAAGAACUUUGAGGGGAUAGAUCUUGGUAAGAUUAAUCGGACAGAUAACUCUGGAUUAGCCUCAUAUUUUUCUCAUCAAGUUGAUCGGUCAUUGAAUUGGAAGGAUGUAAAGUGGCUUCAGACCAUCACCAAGUUGCCAAUUUUGCUGAAAGGAGUGCUAACUGCUGAGGAUGCGAGACUGGCAGUGCAAGCAGGUGCAGCAGGAAUCAUUGUCUCCAACCAUGGAGCUCGACAACUUGAUUUUGUGCCUGCAACCAUCAUGGCUUUGGAAGAGAUUGUGAAAGCUGUGGAGCGUCAAAUUCCUGUUUUCUUGGAUGGUGGUGUUCGUCGUGGCACAGAUGUUUUCAAAGCAUUAGCACUUGGAGCUUCUGGAGUAUUUAUUGGAAGGCCAGUAGUUUUUUCAUUAGCAGUUAAUGGAGAAGCUGGUGUGCGAAAAGUGCUCCAAAUGCUUCGUGAUGAGUUUGAGCUCACCAUGGCGUUAAGUGGUUGUCGAACAGUUGAGGAAAUUACUCGUAAUCAUGUCAUGAUGGACACCGAAACUCCAAGAAUCUCUUCCAAUCUAUAAGUCGCUUGAAGUAUAAUCAGUGACUUUUGCAAGAUAGGAGUUCAGGAUCAAGACUCCCAUUCAGAAUUUCAGAUGUACAAGGAUUCUAGACAUAAUUUAUAAAUAAAGAUUGCACAGCAAAAUUAUGUAACGAUUACAAGAAUUAAUUGGCGACCAUGUGUCCAAUUGUCCAUGUUCAAUCUUUAAUUUUUACUACUGUGCAAUUUUGUAAGUUGAUAAGUUUGAAUUUUCAUGAGUAUGCAAUUUUGAAUCGACAAAGUAUCUUAUCUAUAUGCAACUAUGCAAGUAAUGCAACACCUUUACCAAAAGUUGGGGGAAUUAUAAAAAGUUUGGUAGUGGAAAACAACACAAGUUUUUUUUUUUUGAGGCAGAAAACAACACAAGUUUGUAGACUUUGUACAAGCAAUUUUUUUUUUUUUUUUUU